AUGUCGGACAUCACUCCACCGAGCAAGAAGCAGCGUCGCAAGCAGGCGAAGGCUCGAUGGCUAGUGGAGCGCAAGGCUGCACAACGGGCCGAGGGCAUGAUAUCCUCCAAGCGGAAGCGCCGAAACCAGCGUCAAAGUAGGGCGACGGAGAGUGCAACUCCGUCCGCCGGCGUCCACUUCACGGCGUGUACGUCCGCCACUUGCGACAAUCGACUGGUAGGGAACUGCGUCAUCCGCACCAUUGAGCCGUAUGUGCAUCGCUUUGCACAGUUCGUAAAAGGACGCUGGGCUGGUCGAAGCUUGCGCGAGCUAUUUGCCAGCGAGUUCCCGACCCUCUCAGCCGAUUACUGCGUCGGAGCAGCUCAGCUGGGGCAUUUUCGAGUAAAUGGAGAAGUGGCGGAUCUGGACAAGGUAAUUACGGGCGGAGACUUCUUCGAGCACAUUAAGCAUCGACAUGAGCCUAAAAUUCACCUGCCAGUGGACGAUUCUAUAGAGCUAUCGACGCUAAAGUCGCUGUCAAAUACAUGGAUUCACGAGGAGACGGACGAGUUGAUGGUGGUGGACAAACCCUCGGGUAUUCCAGUGCAUCCGACCGGGAGUUUUCAGCUCAACUCGCUAACGCACAUGCUGAUACGUGAUCGACGAGAAGCUCUAAUUGAGGAGACUGAGGCGCUAAAGCUUUUCCCGGUGCAUCGACUGGAUCGCUUAACCUCCGGUUUGCUGAUACUUGCCAAGUCGGCGGAUAAGGCACGUAGCCUAACGGCUGAACUGACAGCUACUUCAUCGGAGGGGGGAAUUGGCAGUCGUUCAGUGCAGAAAUAUUAUGUGGCAAGAGUGAAAGGCAAGUUUCCCGAUACAGAAAGUGGGUUUGCAGGCGUGGAGGGGCUGGACUCGGGACUAGUGAAGAUCGAAAGCACGAACAACGGAUUCUGGCGCGUGACAGCCCCAAUCGGCUUGAUGUCGCCACGUCAAGGACAUGUACGAUUAUCGUCGAGUGUCUCCUUGUAA